AGUAAAGGGUCUGUCCUGCUGUUGGUACAGUUUAUUACAGUCAGUCAGUGAGAGGAGCUGGAGUGGUUGUGGAAUGUGAUGUGCACGAAGGUUGUUGAUUUCUUCGCAGUUCUUUUGUUUGCAUGUGCCGAAGAUGACAUUAUGAACUCAGGCUGACUGAAGACAGAUAUUUGCUAUUGGUGCUUGCAACAUCCCAAUCCUUUGAUCGAGAGAAUAUAAAAAAAUAUUCUUGCUCCCUGAUUUGGAGGAGGUUUGGAAAGCAUCCCAGUAGAGUCUCCCCGUGUUCAGCCAAUGGAAAGCAACCUCGCUGAACUUUUCAACUGCGGACGCUUUGAAACGGGAUGCAACGGCCGGUAAAAAUGGCUCCUGUUGACUUUUGCCUGCACUGGAGUCGAUUGGGACAAACAAGUGUGUUACAAUGGUGAUCAUCCUUACCAAGAAACUGGAAAAGAAGAAGGGUGCUGAUGAUGUAACACACAGAGCCUCAAACUCUGAACUGCAUAAUCCAAAGAAGAUGAGUAAAGGGACGACUCUCUUCUCCUGCGGAAUUAUGGAAUGCGACAGUUGGGCAGAGCUCAGUCGGAAGUGUCCCUUCCGGAAGGAGACGGCUGGUGCGAGCCUCGAGUCUCUGUGGGAUGCCCUGCCGGAGCCCUGCCAGGAGAGCCCAGCCAGGGCACUGGAGUCUGGUACAGCCAACGCCGUCACCAGCCUCAUCCGGGACCUGAGCCUGAGCGACACCAAGAGCAGCCCAGCCGCCGCCCCGCCCAGCAAGCGCCAGUGCCGCUCCCUGUCCUUCUCUGAUGAGAUGAGCCCCUGCCGCUCGGCGUGGCGGCCUGUGGGUUCUCGGGUCUGGACCCCUGUGGAGAAGCGGCGCUGCCACAGUGGUGGGAGCGUGCAGCGUAGCUCCAACGGCUUCACUGGCAGCACCAUGCAGCGUAGCUCCAGUUUCAGCCUGCCUGCCCGCUCCAACACCUUCCCCGGCACCGUCUUCUCUCUCGGCUAUGACCAGCCCUGUUUUGGACAGCGCUUUGUCUGCCAGCCCUGGCCAGGCUUCCAGGCCUUGCCUUCCAGCACCGGUAGCGGCCCAGUCAGAGACUCCACCGAGCUGCACAGGUCCCUCUCGCUCUCCCACGAGCAGAUCUCUGCCUUGGAGUACCAGGCCCCAUCGGCCCGGAGCAGCCCAGACUCUACUCCCGAACUGGGGAGACGCACGGGGCCUGGGGGGCUGUCCAGGAGCCGCUCUCAGCCUUGCGUCCUCAAUGACAAGAAGAUCGGGAUGAAGCGGAGGAGGCCCGAGGAGGCCCAGGAGCAGAGGCCGUCCCUCGACCUAGCCAAAAUGACGCAAAAGCUCAGAAAUGUCCAUAGCCUUAGCUGCCCUGGUAUUCCCAGUGAAGACUGUUCCCAAACUAACCAAGUGCCUCCCACUUGCAGUGGUACUAACCAAUAUGAGGCUGACCUCAGACCUGCUGGGGGACCAGAGGAGGGGCCUCAACAGAACACUGAAGAGGGCGGGGCCAACAAGGAGGACCUGUCCAAUGAGGAGCUGCACUUCAGUCCAGACGAGGACGGAGACUCCAAGAAGACAGCAGAGAAUGUGGACGAGUGCAAGAACUGGGAGGCCGAGAGCAGGAAAGCAGGGGAUGCUUUUCAGCUGGGAGGAGAACUGGACAUUGAACAGAUUGAAAGAAACUGAAGCGGGCAAAGUGUUGACUGGUACCCUGAAGAGCGUUGCGGGGUUGUGAAAGUUGCAUGAAGCCCUGAAACUAAGGGAGGGGCUGAUACGGGUGGAAAGCAGGAACAUGCCUCAGUCAAUACAAGGGCUCAGAUACCCUAGUUAAGGAGAUCUUAUUUUGAAACAAGAUAGAUGUACAGAGUUUGGGGCGUGGAAUUCGGCAGAUUUCAGAAGUGCAGCAUGGUUGUGUGGAUCUUCAGCACACUAAAGAGAAGUAUUGUGGAGGAUUAGUGGGGUUACGUGGUGGGGGGGGGGGGGGGAGGGAGUGGGGGGGAUCAUGUUGUUGUACUGGGUCGAGAGGCUUGGUGAAAAAUUUUAAAGGAUUCCCCUGCUCACACACAAAACAAUAGCAGAUGGGGGCUCCCGAGUGGCGCAUCUCGUAAAGGCACUCUGCCUGGAGUGCAGGAUGCGCCCUAUAGCUUGGAGAUCGCCGGUUCGAAUCCAAGCUAUGCCACUGCCGACCAUGGACGGGCGUUCCCAGUGGGUGGCGUACAAUUGGCCAAGCGCUGCUAGGGUGGGUUAGGGGUUAGGUCUGCUAGGGAUUCCUUGGAUCACAGCACACCAGUGACCCCUGUGGCUGUUCAGAGCAGUUCAGAACUGCGUGGUCCUCCAACACUAAGUUCUGGGGGGAAAAAAGCGGAUGGCUGACGGCACUCGUUUCGGAGGACGCAAGUGCUCAUCUUUGUCUCUCUCUCGAGUUAGUUCAGGGGUUGCAGCGGUGAGCCAGGUUGAAUAAUAAUUGGAAAUUCCAGAAUGUUAAUCAGUGAAUGAUUUUGAUGUUGCAACAACCACCGUUGUCCUUCUUUGUCGGGCUCUAUAUUCAAGCAUGGGGAUAGCUGAGCAGAUUGGCUGGAAGAUAACGGAGGUUGUACAGUACGUCAGGCUGGAUAUCUUAAAGUAACAAAGUAACACAGACUGGAUGUAUUAAGCUUUUUCUUCUGAAAACAGACCAAAAACAUUAAGAACUGUUAAUGCUGAAAAUUAUCAGGGCUUCUCCAUGUGCAUCUUGCUCGUUUUGUAACAUUAACUGUUUUUAAUUUCAUUUAAGAAAACAAGUGGUUUGAAUUUCGCAAAACUUCAGUUGAUGUCUGAAGUAAGCAUUGUUUUUUUUUUGUUGUUUUUUUGUAAUAAUGGGUAUGGGGAAUAACGUAAACUGCAGCUGUAGGCAUAUACUGCAGUUUGCCAGUAAAAAAAGGUUAAAUUAAGUUUGCUGAACAUGCAGUUGGGAGGGGAUAUAAACUUACAUUUUUUAUUUUGUUUGGUGAAGCCACCCUCUUAAAAACAAAAAAAACUCACUUUGUUGCAAUCAUGAAAGCAAUGAAAUUGUGCAUCUCUGCAUUAUUUGCAUUUGGAGAUUUAAGUACAAUAAAAAAAAAAAAAAAAAACACUUAACAUAAAAAUGUUACUCUUUUGUGCUUUUGUAUAACCAAGGCAGUACAAAUUUAUAAAAUACACAAAACUUUUCAGUUGAAAAUUAAGAGCUUAGAGUCAAUAAAAGGUCAAAAGAGCUAUUUAUUUAUUUUUCCACUUUUGGACACAAGUAUGGACCAUUGGAGUUGCCAGGAUAUUGAUCGAGAGGAUACCAGGAGGUCACAUGCUGCCCAUCAAAGGGGCGUCUGCCAAUUCCAAGCACAACCAACAGAAGAAAACAAAAGUCCCUGUAUAUCUAACCAAACUCAUGAAGAAUUGUGUUUUCUGCUGUUAAUUAUUAAUGCCAGUAAAAAUAAUUGGCUGAAUAACAUAAAACAAAUUACUACUAUGCUUUAUACCCCUUCACUGCUAAAUAAGAACUAAAAUAACGAAAUCUUCCACAGUACCAUAUAGUCUCCAGCAGUUUGGAGAAACAGAUAGGGAGGGAAUUGUCUCAUUUGUUUGUUGAAGCCUGUUGGGAAGGCAGCAGCAGAGCGUUAUGCAUUGCUCCCUGCAGCUGUUCAUAUUUUGCGAAUGUUCGGGUUAGCCCUGAAACCCUGUGGCAAGACAAGGGGCAUCAAAUUGAGGAACCUCAUUUUACUGCUUUGUGCUGCGAAGGUUUGGGCCUGCUUUGCUGUGCUGUAUAGACUUGUUGCAAUUACAGUCAUUCUUGAGAUGUAUAUCUUAGGAGAGGCCUGAAAUCCCUCCUGAUGAGUUGGCAUUUUAGGGUCAGCUGCUGUUAACUGUAACCCUUUGCUGCCCAGUGUCCAAAAUAUUUAACAUUGAGAAAGUAAGGAUCAAAGAAGUAUGGGAAUAGACCCAGGGCAGUAAAGGGUUAAAAUCGAAUCUGGGGUUUGAAAAGAGAAAAGGCUUUCAGAUGUGAUAUGUGUUCAGCAGUGUGUGUGUUUUAGGAAGUCAGUCGGCACACUUUUACUGUUGAUUUCCUACCACAGUGCUGCUCUUUGUCUCUUACUGAUCUGCUCUUAGUUUUACCGCAGUUCACCUACUGUAUAUAGACCAAAAGUAAAAGACCUCCACACCAGAACCAGGAGAUCAUUAGAGCCCAUAUAGAGCCAAACCCUUUUUAAUACCACCUGCAAAGAUCUAUACGCACCAGUUGAGCUCACAUUGCUAGUUAUUAAUCUAUCUGCUGUACACUUGCUAUGAGGGGGAAGUGGAAAUUGGAGGGUAAAAUCAGCCUUUGUUGUCGUUACACAGGGUUCAACAUGUACAGGAAAUUUAAUUUUGAUUAGGCCGAUAGACUUUUAAGAUUAGGUGAGUGUGGAGUUGUGCAAGAUUGACAUCGCAUUUGUAACUCGAUAAGCUCACCGCUUGUCACAGAAAGAUUAGGCUGCACCCCUAUCUCCUAAGAGACUUUAGUUCUUAACAGAGCAGUAGACAGGGACCCUGGUCGGUGAGGCAUGCUGCAGUAAAACUCUGCCUUGUUUUGGGUGAUACGCAGUUUUCCAGGAGCGCUGUAAGCUUGUUAAAGAAACAAAAUACAUAAGUGCUGAGGGGGAAACCUCCACGCUGUGCGAAAAUAAUCCAUGUGCCAUUUUCAGUGCCAAGGUGUGGCAAUGUUGUCAGAAAGCGUACCACUGUAUACAGUGUUUUCUUUUCCCCAAGGACUGUUGAUACAGCUGCCACCCAAGUGACUCGUGGGGUAAGAAAAUAAGAAACGUUUUCUGUUAAACGAGUCCUCCUUUCUCUGGAAAUAAGAACCCAAAUAAAAUAGGGGAAGCAAUAUGAUGUGGACCCAGCAGGUUGAAAUCAAAACGCUGUGUGUUGAGCGGGUACAGCACAGCUUUAUCUGAAGGAGCUCCCUUCGCAGGAGUUUCCUGUAAACUGACCUGGAACUUCCUGUCCACAGCCAUCCUUGAAGCAGGAAGCCCACAGCCACAGGCAGGCAGAGGAUUAAAGGAAAACUUGGAAUGGCAGCUAACAAGGUGGUAAUUGCAGGACCACUCAAAACAAACAGCUGUGUUUCUAGGUGCUGUUGGUACAGUGGAUGAUAGGUGGGAAGCCAAUGCCGCAAGCUGUUCAUACACACAGGAUUGCCAAAAAUAACAUAGGAGGCGUAUAUAUACAUUUGGGAAAUUAUUGCUAGUAUGUUUGGGAGUAAGGGUCUAAGACUGCUGUAGUGUCACAUACAAAACAGCAGGAGUCUUUGAUACUUUCGCUAGCUUUCGUCUAAAACAUUUUAAUGAUGCAAUGCACUUUUACUCCAAAUACCGGUAGAUGUUUAGUUUUUGUCAGUCUGCAGUCAGCAGGGCCGGAUUACAGGACGUGGGGGCCCUACGCUAACACGGCAUGUUAUUGGCAUAUUGGUUAAUCCGGCCCUGUGUUAAGGACAGAGAGAGUGAGCAGAGUGGAGCGAGCCAAUUGUAUAUGGAGCGGGGGAGCGGAGCACAGAGUGGACAUUUCCAGCCCGCUCUUUCACAGCACUGAGAAGAACUGACCACGGUUUUAUUUUAUUUAAUUAUUUAUUUUUAUUUAGUCGUUGCCAAUUAAUUUUAUUAUUUUCUCCCAAUUUGCCAAUUGAGCGCCGCCCCCUGGAAGCUCCCGUCCUCGGUCGGCAAAGGAAUAGCCUGGACUCGAACUCGCGACGUCCAGACUGUAGGGCACAUCCUGCACUCCACACGGAGCACCUUUACUGGAUGCGCCACUUGGGAGCCCCGCUUUUAUUUUUCUUAUAUACAGGUUUGGCCAUGCAGUUUGCACAACAGAAAAAAAGGACAAAUACAAACGCAGUCACUGUACAGUAUUUUCCAUCAUGCCUGUGCAUGGUAACCAUUCAUUUUCCAGUUUCAAACCACAAUUAGGCACUUUUAUCGUUUGCAAACUUGAAUUGCAUUUAAAAAAAAACAAAAACUUUCAUAUUCAAUGUGAUUGGCAUUGCUCUUUAUAAUUCAUUAUGGAGGGAAAAAUACAUAUUCUCCCGAUUGUGAUGCUGCCAUAUAGAAAUGUGAGAAAUGUCAUCAGUGUGUCCCAUCUGUGUGCGCUAAUUUGAUACGGAUCAUAUGCAAAGUUUGAAAUAGGUGAUAUUUAGGAAAUAAGGGUUUUUGUAAAAUGUCCCAAACAAACAGCGACCUCACGGGGACCCCAAUUCUGCUGGGGGCCCUACGCUAUAGCAUAAUUUACGUCUCGGUUAAUCCGGCCCUGGCAGUCAGCAUGACACGUGUGGGUCAAGUUGCUGUUUAGAAUGCAGCAUUUACUGGAGAACAUUUGAAAAUGUGCCAAACUACUGAAUGACAUUGUCCUGGUUUAAGAAAUGGUGGAUGGUGCUAAGCAAGUUGGUAAAACUUUUUCUGUUGCGCUGACAGAUCCUUAGAAAACAAGUGGUGACAAUUCAGAUGCCACCCCUGGUACUGGAGAUAUAAGAACAGGUUCAUUUCAGUAGCUCAGUGCACUGAAACGGUACAGAUAAAGCAAGGGGAUCUGUUGUCUUGUACAGCACUUGCAAAACAUCAGCCUGUGGGAAGGGAGGCAGGCAUAUGGCUUAGAAUGUCAUAUUGCACCACGUUCAGAUCUCUGUAGGCUGCAGUUAGCAGACCUUCUGUAUAUGAUUAGGAUAGGGGUUGACCACACAACAGUGUGACAGAUGCAUAUCAAAUACAUUCUAUUCACAGUACUGCAUUGCCUUGUAUCCUGAGGUGCUGGGCUGGUGGCUAUCGUAAUGACAGUAUGUGAAUACUUGUUCCUGAAGAAUACUUGUUCCUGAAGAAUUCUGAAGAAUCUUUUUGCUUCAUUAAAGCUGGUGAAAGCUAACACCAAAGGACCACAGCAGUUGUUUUCAUUACAAUCAGUCUUUAAAUAUAAAUUAUAAUAUAACAGGGCCGGAAUUUAAAACAUGCUAUGGUUACCACUGAAUUAAAAAAAAAAAAAAAAAAAAAAAAAAAAAUAUUGGCAACGAUUAUUAUUGUAACUAAAAAAUGUUGACGUGGGAUGUGCUUCCCACAGGAUCUGAGGCCUGCCUCUUAUGUGUACUGGAUAGCAAUGCAGACUGAAACUUUAUAGCAAGGACCAGGUUGGAACAAAAAGUGGACUAGAAUGGCUCACUGGAGACACUGAGCAGCUCUGGAGUGAAAUUGAAUCAGUAUUUGUGUGUGGUGAGAAAGGGAGAGAAAGUGAAGCACCAUGGGAUACUUGACAUUCCACAAGAAAAACGUGACCUCAUCUGAACAGUGUGUAACCUCUUUCAGCACAGAGCCCUGUACAUUAUACACCCUGCCGUAUCCAGCUUAUGCGCCCAGACAUGAAGGCGACUGCUGCCAACUGAGACUGGAGAUUGCCAUUGAGGGAGAUGGGGGCAACAUGUGUAGGGUCAGUAGCAGCAAUAGCAUAACCAACACUGCUGUAUAACCAGUUGGCCUUGUUAGAAAUAUAAUAUACCACCAUAUAACCGGUAACAUUAGAAACUGCAGCCUGCCAGCUUGUGUCGUGUGCAGCAUUCUGCAGCAAUUCAUCAAGUAAGAAAAACAAGCAGCGACCUUAAACUAUUAUUCCAGGUAUCUUAUUGUAAACGAUUAAAAACAAGCAAACAAAAAGAAAAUACAAAUAUUUAAAAGUUUCUGAUAUCUGAAUGUACAUGUGGUUUCUUUCAACCUGCUAAUCUGUUCAUGUAGAGAUCUGCUUCAUAUAUGUCUGAUUUCUCUGUAACCUGAGAUAGCACAAAGGCUGGAAUUAAGUGACAAUUGUAGUUCUAAAGCAAAUGUUGACAAUCUUGGCUUAUCCAGCCUAUGACAUUGCCGGACUGUGUUCCAAGCAGUUCCUUAAUUUUUUAAAUGUAUCUUAAUGAUCAAGUAAUUAAUUAAAGGACCUGGUUGGAACAAAGUCAUGCAAUGGAAUGGUUUAUAAGAGCCAAGGCUGCCUACCUUUGCGCUAUAAAUAUAUGUUAUUUAAUCACGCUAUAGGAAAAAAACUAAUUGGAUCAGCAAUAAUUGAAUUACUAAGUUUGGUGAAUAAAAUUAAAAUAAAAAGAUCAGCAACAAAACAGAACCUGCAAAGCCUCCAAGCUACUCUAAAAAUCCCUGAGAGAUAUGCACUACCUCCCCUGAAUUCUAUACAGCAGGUAAGGCGAGACCUGGGAGGAGAGUGGGCAGACCAAAUUGAAGCGCUAAUAGUGGCCUUUGAAGCUGCAGUUGAGAUUCCACCUUCCUUCAGCACAUCAUCCUUUGGUUUCCAUCUGAAGCACACAGCACUAAUGCAGCAGAUCAUUUCAUCUCGGAGUGGCAAAAUCUCUACCUGUUUAAAUAUAAGCCUGUGAUGAUGAUGGGACACUCCAGUGAAAAGGGUGUCAGCAGGUGUGCCGUGGGGUGAUGUCUUAUCACAGGGAAAGUUUUGAGUGAAGCCAUGCCUUCCAUAGAGUUCAAACGGAACUCGAGAGAUAAAGACGAUUGUUGAAUUACCGUCAUAUCCUGAAGUUGACAAUAGCAUUUACAUGUACUGUGUGCGGGGGUGGGGGAGAAGUGUGACAACUAGUUGAGGAUUAUAGCACAGCCUUGAUGUAGUUUGGGGAAUUCAUUUUUUGCCAAGUCAGUGAGUUAACGAGGUCGUUUAUGUGCAGAACUGUGAAACACAUUAAACAGCUCCUCAGAAACAAAUCCAGCUAACCCUUUGACAUGAAAAUUUAACGUGUCGGAAAGAGCACUUCUGGAAAGCACUAGAUUAUAGCGUUAAAUGUCAUGUUCAAGGCUGAAAUUCAUCCAUAAAAUGAUUGGGACAUAUGUAACAGAUGGGAUUGAGAAACCCUGAGUAGCUCCAUUGAAUAGAUAAUGAUGUAGAAAGUCAAGUUCCCUCCACACUUUCCUUUUCACUCACCUUGAAAGAACCACCUCAGUUGAAAUGUCCAAUGUACUUCAUUGUAAUUCAGUGUAGUACAGUGUUACAGCAAUAUUUGUGAAGGUAGGAGUAAAACAUGCAUGCUUCAUAAGUCUUCAUGAAGCCUGUAUGAAUGGAUAUCAGGUUGCCAGGCUCUUCUAUAUACAUUUAGAUUAUUAUCCAAACAUGUCUGCAGAAUUGUUUGAGUUAUGAAAAAGGUUGUUGGAUUAAUCAUGGUUGCCAGCUUCUGGGGUCAGCCCUGGAAGUUCUCUUCUGGCCAUUUAGGAACCCCAAAAAUAAUGGAUCUUUCAGUGAAUCAAGCCUCUUUGGUUGGUAACCUAAAUUGGGGUUUUAAAGCAACAAAUGCAAUAUCAGAUGUAUUUCAAUGGCCCGUAUAUUGACCUGAGACUAAGGAAUAACCUUGAGAACUGGGUAUAUAUUAUUGUAUCUGUAUAUCAUGUGAAUUCUUUGGGUUACCUCUGAGGCAGCUACUGUAUUUAAGUCACCUUAUUUUAAUAAUACUGUUAAUACUUGUUCUGUUGAAAUUUAUGUUUUAUAUGGUGCAUUUUCAGCCUCGUAAAAAGGAAAGUUGUGUUCUUCUUGAGGUAUUUGUAUUCUCUUUUCCUGGCAGUACUGCAUUCCUGCAAUUAAUAUUUAACAUUUUAAUUUAAAUUGUAUCAACCAUUCAGUUCCAUUUGGUAAAAGUUUGGUAUUUUAGGUUUGAAUAAUCUUUUCAGCAAAGAACUAGCACAAAUAUAUCCCAGUGUAGAACUGCCUCUCUCUUGCAUUUCAUGGACCUCUCGCAAUUACAAGCAUGACGCUUUUGUUUAAAUUGUAUUUACUUGUCUUGCUUUCCAAUUUCUCUAUUGAACAUCAAUGUCAAUGACUUUUGCUGUGGGUUUCAAUCGAUCAAAUGGUCCCAGUAGAUGGAACAGGUGCAUUCACCAAUGUACAUGAACCAGUAGGAUACAGUAAAGACUUUCUAAUCAGAAUUGGAAGUCUUAUAUCCUGGUUUACUUCUGAUAGCCAUUAAAAGUCAGUUCAAAUCUUUAUCUGUCAGCCACAAUUCACUGGAUACACCAUACAUACAAACCCUGUGUUUAAUAUAUUGCCUUAGAUAAAGUGGGCUGAGUAACAAAGAAAAUCCAUACAUGUUAAAUAUACAUUACUUAUUUAUGAUGGGUUGUAAAAGUACCAUAACUUUAGUAAUUCAUCACCAGGUAUGGACAGAUUGCAUCAAAAGUGUUCACGAUAGGGAAAUGAAGGCUCCUGUGUGACUGGUUUCUUAAUAUGCAAUAGCAGUGUUUAUAAAAGCAAACAGUACAGGGUAUAGUUUUACUGACUUCACUCCAAUGUUAGUUUAUUGUAUUUGUCGAUGAAAAUAAGGGAGGCUAUAAAUAACUGCUGGAGGGAGACAACAGCAGGAUUAAUAAAGCAGUCUCUGUUUACUGUACAUCCAUCGCUCUUUAGAUCAUUAAAUUGACGCCUACAUAUCCUUGCUCAUAAAUGUUAUACAUUUUCUGCAUCUCAAUACACCCUGCCAGAUUUAUAUUUAUUGGUCCCUAUGUGUGCUAGGUUUUACAUGCUGAAAAACAUGGGUAACCAGGGGACAAUGAAAAGGUAAAGUAUUAAAUAUGGUGCAUAUGGUACAAUAGCUGGCUGACAGGGUUUUACAAGUCAUUAAUGCAAGCACCUAUCUUGUCAAAGCCACCCAGAUCCCCCAUUACUUCUCCAGUGCAAUGCAUUUUACAGGCCAGAUAUGUGGGGUUUGCAAUGUAUACAGUUUAUAAAAAGAAAUGGAGUAUGUUUGCUGGAAGCAUUGAAGAGGCUGGGGAGGAAUGGGAGCCAGAAGUAUACACAGAGCAGAGUUAUCCCUUUCUUGUCGGUGUUAAUGAAGAGGUAUCUGACUUUGUUUGAAGGACGGUGUUCAUGUGGUUCACUGCCUGCUUUGUUUUUUUAACACGCAUGUGACAUUUAUUACAGCAUUCAAAGUCUUGUGAAAGGUGGCAUAGAAGAAUAGUUUGCUUUUGAAUAAAGCAGUAUUGGAGGAGGGGGGGGUGUCAGUAACUACUGCUGUCCAAUGAUAAGCAAUCAAGUAACCGUGUUCAGUGGGUUUAUACCAGUUAUUAUGGAGCUCCUAUUUGCCCCAUAAUGCCAUUCCACCAGCACUAGCAGAAUAUAAAUAGCAUGGUCUUGUAACUACAGUAUGGCUUCUGACUAGACUGAUACUGGAAAUGAGAAGCACUGUAUGCGUUCUGUUAGAGGGCUAUGAUGCAGCAGGUUUGCUUGAGCUAAUAGCCAUUUCCUGCUCUUGUCCUUACAGUUAUAACUUCUGUAGCCCUAUCGAAACAGCCAAAGCAGAAGGCACACUAUAAUUUUGUCAAGCUCAAACAGCUGUUCUAUUCCUGGGAAGGGUGAGGGUUCAAGUGGAAGUUCAUUGUCGGAAUGAUUUAUUAUUUCAUUGUGGGUAUGGGCUAUUUCAGUCCACACAUGGAUCAGAUGAAUUGAAUACAAAACUACUGUACCGUACGCACUUCUGCUACGUGUCAGCAGCUUGACUUGAGUACAAACCCUGCAAAACAAAGACUUUGAGUUAGCAGCUUGACUUCAGGAAAUGAAUUAGCUCAUAGCAGUCAGUGGCAGGAGAUGCAGUUUGUUUGAGCGUACAAUGCAGAGUACAAACCCUGCAAAAACUAUUCUUCGGCAGAGAUAUUACUUAAAGCUGAAUGUUUUAAAGCCCAGCCUCUAAUUCAGUGUCAAUGGCCCUUAACACAAGCAGCAGUAUGGUCUCUCAGGAAUUUGCUUGUUACUUUUAAUAUGUAAAUAAAUGUUGUUUCAGUAACACUGGCAUGCCAUGUGCUUAAUUCCUUUUCACCUCCAUUUUGCUUCCAGAUAUACAGUAUGUACAUGUGCAGUGCGUCUGCUGAACUAAGAAAGAAAACAAGGCCAGGUGUCUGAAGAAGAGUGGCCGGAUCAGCCAGACAGUGAGAGUAUUCAUCUCCACAUCCUUUAUCAAUUAAUCUGCAUGACACUGUGGUUUACAUUCUUGAUUGGGUUCCAGAUCCUAUUUCAUACUGAAAAGACAAAGCAUUGAAUUCCUGUGUAAACGCAGUGUGGUAAAAUAGUCUGCAAGGCCAUCCUCCUGCGGUCAUCUGCCAGUCUUGCACCUUUAUUGCAGAAUGAAGUGUUUGGAACAGGACUAGUUUUUCAGUUGUCAGCAAGAUGGGAUUAUUUUCCUUUGGGGGCUACUGAGCGGCAACGUGUUUUAUUUGGAAUUAUCCGAGCGCUCUUUGCGUUAUGAAUGCAUGUGGUUCUAACGCAGGGCAUGUGUUCGGCGAGAGCAACUGAAAAAGGCCACGAUUGUACAGCUAUGGCCAGACGUUUAGCAUCACCCUAUAGAGUUAACUAAAUUUGCAUCAUAAAGUCGAUAAAACCCUCUGAAUAAUGUUACGUUAACAUAUUGAAUUGCAUACUGCUUUGUAGUUUUCCAUAUGCUUAACGAAAAACUGACAAAUUAAAAAAUGUGACAUUUAAAAAUCUAACAUGAAAUACUGUAUUACUGUUAUGGCUUCCGGUAGACUUCUGCAAUAUCAUUUUGUUUCUUUGAUUACAUGAUGUUUAAAUAAAAGUUCUAAAUGAUGUUA